CCAGCUAAUUUCUUAUCGCUUCAUACGGAUCUUAUCAGAAUCGUUAUUAAGCAUUGUGAAAGGUGAAGGAAAAUAUAAUAUGUCUAUCUAUCAGGAUCUGCCCGAGGAACAUCCACGUAAACUAAUACCAGAACUAUGUCGGCAGUUCUAUCAUCUCGGCUGGGUAAGUGGCACUGGUGGGGGAAUGAGCAUUAAAUAUAACAAUGAAAUUUACAUAGCGCCAUCGGGAGUACAAAAGGAACGUAUUCAGCCAGAUGAUUUAUUCGUACAAGAUGAUGAAGGAAAGGAUAUACAGCUACCUCCUGAUUAUAAAAAACUAACGAAAAGCCAAUGUACACCACUAUUUAUGCUGGCUUAUCAACAUCGUGGCGCACAGGCAGUGAUACACACACACUCCAUGCAUGCAGUAAUGGUAACUUUGAUGUGGCCUGGCGAGGUUUUCCGUUGUACACAUUUAGAAAUGAUCAAAGGGGUUUACGACGAAGACCUGAAACGCUAUCUACGAUACGAUGAAGAGUUGGUGGUGCCGAUUAUUGAAAAUACACCAUUUGAGCGAGAUCUUGCGGAUAGCAUGUACGCAGCUAUGCUUAAGUACCCUGGAUGCAGUGCAGUGUUGGUACGCCGACAUGGCGUAUAUGUGUGGGGCAAAAGCUGGGAAAAAACGAAAACUAUGUCAGAAUGCUAUGAUUAUCUGUUUUCUAUUUGUGUGGAGAUGAAAAAGAAUGGUUUAAAUCCUGAAAAAUUCGAAUGAAAUGUCGGAUAUUUGCCAAUUUAUUGCAUUUUACUCAAGUUUAAAAUUGUAAUAUUUUUUAAUUUACCCAACAGUAGUAAAAAAUAAAAUUUUAAAUAUA